AUUCCGAGUCCUUCGCACUUGAAUGCCUUGCUCAAGGCAGCUCAGCAUGAUCGUGGCGCACUUCCCGAUCUUGUAUCAUGGCAUGUUAACUUGUGCACCGUAUGGCCUACUCGGAAGGACAAAAUACUCAGUACGCUGCUGCUAUAUGGAGGGGGUGGACUUGUGCAUGAGAUUUACCGCGACUAUGUACGGAACUCUCCACUC